AUGAGGCCUCCUGCGAAUUAUACUGGAGUGCUUUUGUUGGAUCCGAGAGAUCCCAAGAAGAAAGGGAUCAAAUUAUCCACGGAUCAGAAAUCCCUCGUGAAGAGCGUCUUACAUCUGAUAGAGGAGCGUACGGCACCUGAAAUUGAUGAUCCGCUCGUCUCUGAGGGCGCUGAUACAACCAAUGAUAGAUCUAAGGAAGAUGGAUUAAAACAAUCUUUGUCCCCUAUAUCUUCAAUUCUUGCUUCUGGAUCUUCUUCAGACGUACAGCACGACUUGUCGGCACUCGUUUUGGUGCUAAGCCUCGAGGACAGCUCUCAACGUACUGCCAAUUCCCUUUAUAGAUAUUAUUGUUUUUGGAAGGCAUCGAAGCUUGGAAAAUUAAUAGCUCCUCGGGCAUUUAGGAAACUGCGGUACUCCAUUCUGCCUUCUUCCGAGAUCAAGUUAGUAGGCAUGGACAACUGGCGGAAGGUUAUGUGUUAUAUGGACUCGCUCUUGGUGUCAAUGUUUUACUCUUCCGAUUCUUUUGAUUUCAUACUAGACAGUACAACCGACAGUAAUUUGAGUUCCGCAUUGCAGAUACAGGUCGAAGAAUUGAAGGUAAUGCUUCGCUUCAUUGUCAGCUUGAUGCGAGCCGGUGAAUAUAUUCCUGCGGGAAUAAUAGAGCAACUUUGUUUGGUACUCAACUCUUUGGGAUGUGAUCUUACGCUAAGUGAGACUCAGCAGGAUGCACUGCAGCUAUAUGAGUUCCUUGCAGAGUCAUUGUCGCUUCCUUUACUCACAAUGAAGCUCGACAUCAUUCACUCCGGUAAGCUAAGCAUGGACGAUGACUUAAGGUUGAUUCAAGAGCGUACUUUACUGAUCUCUGUGCCUCGUCCGAUUUUACAAAAGUCGGCCGGUCACCGUCGAGGGUCCUCUGUUAAUUCGAAUUCAUCUAAGGAGUCUUUCGAUGAGGCGUAUCAUACAAUUACUCUUGAAGAGUGUCUCAAUGACUAUUUCAACAAUAGUGUUACUGUUCGUCGUCAUCUCGAUCGCAAGCGUUUACGAUCAAUUUCUCGGAACCUGACAUCUUCUAUUGAUGCCAGUGAACUCAAUCAGUACGAAAAAAUGGGUAUUGUGCAUACAAAGAAGGGCACUGCUUCUAUAGACGAAAAUCCUGGCGAUGUCGGUGAGACAGUUACAAGGGUUACUUCCCCUGUGACCCCUCAUAUUUUGACUAACUCAAUCAACUUCGGUGGGCAGUUUGCCCUGUCAUCUCCUUCGGCACUAGCCGCUGUGUCUCCUACUGCUUCUGCAGAAUCAGCAACCCCUUCUGUUGCGGAAUCUGCUGCUGUCUCUACUGGAAUAUCUACUGUGUCUACAAAUAUCACCACGGGCGACGGGGGUGAUAGAGCUUCUCAAGUUGGCUCUAUCAACAAGGUUUCUGAACGUAUUGAAGCCUCCAGAACAAGGUCCUCAACAAUUGUCAGCGUUCUCAAUAAUGUUCCUCUUGCUGAUACUUCACGUCUUACUCGCAGAGCAUCUUCGGUCUCAAAUUCUGAGGUUACUUUGCCCGCUUGGAUGUUUCUACAGCUACUUCCUUACUAUACGGAUCCUUCUUUUGCCUUGAAGUUCGAAAAUCACGAAGAGAUAUACAGAUCACGUAACGCGAGAAGUCGCACUAUUGAUUCCGCGGACUCUGCUGCUGUAUCCGCUGGCAAAGCUGCUGCUAUGAAUUCUUCAAAUGGCGAUGAUUGUUUUCUCUCAAUGUCAGAAUUUGAUCGUCGGUUUUGUGAUAAACGGCCUGUUGUACCCAUCUGCCUAAAGCGCUAUGCCUGGGAUAACCAUGGUAGGUCCCAUAAGAUCCGGCGAAAAGUUCAAGUUCCUGAGGUUAUGCGACUCCCAUAUUUUAUUGCACCGGAUCGUACUAAACCUGGUUUUGUUGACUUCCGUCGUAACUCUGAUAACAAGGCCCCGUGUGGUUCUUUCAUGCUAGUUUUAGAAAGUUGUGUCUGUCAUAGAGGUGUCUCUGUAGAUUCUGGUCAUUAUGUUUCGCUUACAAGAAAGGCGCCUUUUAAUGUUGCAGAGAUCAGAGCGAGAAAGUCCGAUGAAAGCAGCACAUCGAAGGAUUGGCUUUUAUUCAAUGAUCUGAUGUCUAGCGGUAAAAAGGUUACUGAAAUUUCUUUCUCUGAUGCAAUGGCAUCGGAGGAUCCGUACAUCCUUUUUUAUAAAAUCGUUGAGAUUGAUGAGGACUCCGAUGAUGUCUCCUCACUGGGUACUGCUAGAGGUGAUCAAGAUAAAUAUGGGUCCACAUUGGACAAACCUGCAAGAUCUGCCUUAGACACUGCCUCUGGGGAACAGAGUCUCACUUCCAGAAACCAUUCCACGACGUCACAAAAUUCUGAAAAGCCCAUUCAUUUUGCCGAACGCGAUGAAAGGACUGUCGGUGUAGUCCCUUCGUCUUCAUCGUUGGUAUUUACCUCUUUUCAAUCAUCUCGAACGCCAGAUCUCAAUGUGACUGACAUAGAUAAGUUUCUAAAGGGUUUGGCUGCCCCCGCAGUCUCGCGGACGGACCUUCAGGAAUUACAUAUCGAUUCCUCGGAAUCUACUUCAUCUCUGAUAAAUCGCCGAUUUGGUCGUUUUGCCUUGGGUAAUAAGUCGCGUUCAAGGUCAAUCUCCCGUGAAAAUGAUAUACAGCUUUCGCUGCUUCAGGAUAUAUCUCCCACGGAGCAGUUUUACUUGGAUAUCUUUUGCAUGUACUAUUGGUACCAAUGUGCUCCUGAUGGAAGCUAUGUGCCUUCAUUAGACUUCUACUCGGAUCCUGGCGUGGAGCUUGUUACCAAAGAACAAAUUAAUCAGGCGAUUGCCACUGAGGAGGCCGCCGAUGGUGGAUUCAUGGAUCGUCUUAACACCACUUUGCAGUCUUUGAAGAAGCGUGGAUCUAUUGCCGGGAGUUCAUCGGCAAGUAGUUUGAAAGGUCAUCAUUAUCAUUACCAUCAUCAUCAUCAUCAUCCGCAUUAUUCAAAGCACCACAAUCAAGAGAAAGGAUUGGAUGCUGCUACAGGUGGUGAUCGAGGAGGAGUCAAAACUCCUGUUUCAAAUAUUGCUAUUGAUACUUCUUCCCCAGCUGCAUUGUCUGCUAAUGUUUUAACCCCAGUUGCUGAUGACUCUUACAGGAUUACAACAUCGGGCCUAAAUUCGUACAAUGUGUCAUCCACCAGCACCAGUGACCGUUGCAGUUUGUCAGCCAACGAUUCAUUGGAAGGGCCCUCAGGCCCACUUGCUAUUGACCCACUUGCUAUAGACCCACUUGCUAUAGAUCCUACUCUCAGUCCUGAAACCCUUGUUAUUUCCUCUCCCACGGAGACGGUGAACAACAUCUCCAACCUCGCACCUGGUUCUAUCACUUCAGCGGUAUCAGCAUCAUCGAUAAGCGUCGCCAGCGAUUCUACUGGCUAUAUGUCGUCUCCUGCUGCAUCAAAAGUAAGCUCGAAAGUGUCUUCAGCUAAUAUGUCGCCAGAGCCUAACUUACCUCCUAGUACAUUCACGCGUCAGGUGGGAAGUGAUGGAGCUACUGAAGAUAAAAUGUCAGAGCUGUUGUCGGGUACUUCAAUGGCUCCGCCAACGAGUUCUAAAAAGCACAAAAAGAAAAAGAGCAGAAAAUACGCAUAUACAUAA